AGGAGGCAGGCUGCGGCUUUUGGCACGCGCGUUCUGAGCCUCGGUGGCCGCCGUUGCUACUGGCGUGGUCGCCGCUGGGUCCUGGUGCCCACCGGCCGCAGUGUCCGCCAUGAUUGUGAUGCUGAGAGCCCGCCGCGGCUCCUCACUAACCGGGAAACUGCGGGAUGCCGCCGCCCGGUACCGGCAGUCGGUCACCAGCUGGAAUUCGAGCGCGAGCAGCAACAAAUACCGGGAGACGGUGCUGCUGCCCCGCACCGACUUCCCCAUGAGACCGAGCGGCCAGGAGCUGCUGGAAAAGGAGCUGCAGAUCCAGAGGGAAUGUGGGUUUUCAGAAUUAUAUUCAUGGCAAAGAAACCGGAAAGGAAAAGAAUUUUGUCUUCAUGAUGGCCCACCUUAUGCUAAUGGUGACCCUCAUGUUGGUCAUGCCUUAAAUAAAAUAUUGAAGGAUAUCAUUAAUAGGUUUCAGCUGAUGAGAGGCUCCAGAGUUCACUUUGUACCAGGCUGGGAUUGUCAUGGGUUGCCUAUUGAACUUAGAGCAUUGGCAGAAUGUGGUGAAGAAGCUAAAACACUUUUUCCUAUCGAGAUCAGACAAAAAGCCAAAGAAUUUGCAGAAAGAACAAUUGAGCGCCAACGAGCAGCGUUUAUUCGAUGGGGCGUGAUGGCUGAUUGGGAUAAAUGUUAUUAUACAUUUGACAAACAGUAUGAAGCUAAACAGUUAGAAGUUUUCCACAAAAUGUUUGAUGAGGGGUAUAUUUAUCAAGACUACAAACCCGUAUUUUGGUCUCCUUCCACAAGAACAGCCUUGGCUGAAGCUGAACUUGAAUACAAUCAGCAGCAUGUUAGUCGAUCGGCAUAUGUCAAGUUUCCUCUCAUAAAAGUCCCCUCCAAAUUAGCUUCAGCAUCAGGGGAUGCAUCCUCUGUUCAUGCAUUAAUCUGGACAACCCAGCCUUGGACAAUUCCAGCUAACCAGGCAGUUUGUUAUAUGCCAAAUGCUGAGUAUUCUCUAGUGAAGUGCUUAAAUACAGAGGAACUCUACCUUCUAGGUACAGAAUGUGUAGAAUCUACAGCAACAAUCCUGGACGCUCAGUUUGAAAUUCUUCAGACAGUCACAGGUUCUGAUUUAAAAGGUGGAGUCUGUAGACAUCCCGUAAUUCCUGGAAGGGAAUCCCAGCUUUUGCCUGCGAACCAUGUCACAAUGGUUAAAGGGACAGGAUUGGUCCAUACUGCCCCAGCUCAUGGAAUGGAAGAUUACAGUGUUGCUUCCCACCACAAACUCUCUGUUGACUGUUUAGUGGAUGAAAAUGGCUUUUUCACUGAAGCGGCUGGAUUAGAGCUUCAAAACAAGUAUGUCCUUAAUGAAGGAAAUGAAACAGUCAUUCAAAUGUUGCAUGGAGCAAACAUGUUAUUGAAAGAGGACAACGUAAGACACAGUUACCCGUAUGACUGGAGAACAAAGAAGCCAGUAAUUAUACGCGCCAGCAAACAGUGGUUUAUCGAUACUGCAAGUAUCAAGGACAGAGCUCAGGAGUUAUUAAAGAAAGUAAAACUGAUUCCACAUUCAGCAAUGAACAGUAUGCUUGCCAUGUUGGACAGGCGGACAUAUUGGUGCAUUUCAAGACAGCGGUGCUGGGGGGUACCCAUUCCUGUUUUCUAUCACAAAGAAACUGCAGAGCCGCUUAUAAACAAAUACACAGGGAAUCAUCUUAUCAAACUGUUGAAAGAACACGGUAGUGACUGUUGGUGGACUCUACCUUUGGACCAGCUCCUGACUAAGGAAAUUUUAAAAAAGAGCGGAGGUUCUGAUGUGUCUGAUUAUGUCAAAGGAGAGGAUAUCUUAGAUAUUUGGUUUGAUAGUGGCACCUCGUGGGCACAUGUAUUAGAAGGUAAUGUUGCAGAUGUGUACCUGGAGGGGAAGGAUCAACUGGGUGGAUGGUUUCAAUCCUCACUGCUCACCAGUGUAGCAGCUGAGAAACAGAUUCCAUAUAGAAAACUGGUGGUCCAUGGAUUUACUCUCAAUGAAAGUGGUGAAAAAAUGUCCAAAUCCAUUGGAAAUGUGGUAGAUCCAGAUGUUAUUGUUAAUGGAGGACUGGAUCCAAACCAUGACCCACCCUAUGGGGCAGAUGUUCUUCGCUGGUGGGCAGCAGAGUCAAAUGUUUUCACAGAGAUUUUAAUUGGCAAAAAUAUACUGCAAGCAGCAAGAGAUGACAUUUUUAAGUUACGGAAUACAUUACGCUUUAUGUUGGGGAACCUUUAUAAUUUUAACCCUGAAACUGAUGGAGUUCCAAGUGAAAAAAUGCUAAUGGUGGAUCAAUAUAUGCUUCAUCUCCUUCAAGAUUACAGCACCAAGGUUACAGAGGCCUAUAAAGAGUGUGAUUUUGGAAAAGUUAUUCGCCUUCUGUUGGCAUUUAUUAACCGAGAACUCUCUAACUUUUACUUCAGCAUCAUCAAAGAUCGAUUAUAUUGUGAAGAUGAGAAAAGCACCAAGCGUCUAUCAUGUCAGACAGUUUUAGAUGAAGUAUUAGAUGUAAUCACACGUUCUGUAGCCCCAAUCCUGCCUCACCUUGCAGAGGAAGUAUUCCAACACCAAUCAAACCAAAAAGAGCCUCAGAGUGUGUUUCGAACUGGCUGGAUAAAGGCCAGUUCUGUUUGGAGAAAGCCUGGCAUUGUGGAGGCUAUUGAAGGUGCUUGCGCAAUAAGAGACAGCUUCUUGAGCUCUAUACCUGGCAAAAAUGCACUGGAAUACGAUAUAACCAUUAUCAUCGAGCCCAGUUUGUUGCUGGAAUUGAUGGAGCAAUUACAGGGUGAGGAAAUAUCCAGUACUUCACAACUGAAUGAGCUGAUGAUGGCAUCACACACUACAUUGCUUACUGCUAUUCCUCGGAACAUGCCUGCAGAGUCAGAUUUGAUUGAAGGGAAGUUUGAAAUCAAUUUAGAAGGUGGCGAUAUCAUUGAGGAAACAUCAUACAAAGUAAUUGUUAAUUCGGCUACCAAAGAAAGAUGUCCUCGCUGUAAGAAAUAUACAUCGACAUCAGCGCUGACACCCUGCCCACGUUGCCUGGAUGUUAUUGCUGGGAAGUGGAGUGUUUAAUUUGUCAAGUUAUUCCUGAAUAUAAUAGAGAUGUAUGAAUGAAUAUGCAACAUAAAAGUAGAUUCCACCAUGGGGAACUAGCUAUUUCAUCAUCACAUUCCCACCUUUGAGAUCUUGUGUUAAAUUUUGGCAGGGCUUUGUCAAAAUUACCAACCCCAGUUGGAGAUCAGGGGGUAAGAUGAUUCUGCACAGAUGGAUAUGACAUAUCAGGUGUUUCUGGAAUUAAAUUUUGACUAUAGUUUUACAAUUACCAUUGUACAGAGGGAAUAAUAAUAAUUAAUUCCCUGACUCUAGUAUUAGAAAGAGUAUGUUUUGAUAUUUGCUUUUUUAAAUAGUUUAUACAAUUUGGGAGAAUUUGCUAUAAUGCAAACAAUUAUGUCAAAUCUAAAUUGUUUAAGAAACAAUGUUCACUAAGAUUCCAGGUAAUACAAAUCUAUUGGGGAUCUAAUGAAUGGUUAUGUUGCUUGUUGUAAUGCAGGUUUAAAAGGAAUUGUGGACUAUGUGUAAUAAAGGUUCACUGGAUUUAAUAUAUAGAAAGGCUUUUAUGUUUCAAAGAACGUACAAAGUGAACUUUAAACGGCAAUAGCAGAGUAGGAAAAUUAAAUAUUGUUUGCUAAAUAUUUAAUGUGUUAAGAGUCUGAUGGAUUGGAUUAACCCCUGCCAGCUUUUGGCUACUUCAGUUCUAUAUGCAAGCAGUGUGCUUCUUGGACCCAUUGUAUGUAAAUAGUCAGAAUGCAUUCCAAAUAAAUUAUACAGAUGUUAGUUUCCAAACAGACUCUUAUAAAAUAACAAGUCAGACAAAAAAAAACUUGUGUGCCUUCCAUGACCCUGGUAAUGGCAUAAGACAAUAAUAAGUUUUU